AGUGCUUGUCACGUGACAGCCAGUCGCGCAUUUGAUAGGCCACUUUUUACUCCGUGUUUAUUUCCGGAAGUAAGUUGUCGGCAGACUUUUACGUUCAUCGAAUUGUAAAUCUACAGCGCCACUUUGACAGGUGCGACCAGAACCGCAGGAUGGCCCACUGGUUUCACAGAAACCCUCUGAAAGCAACGGCGCCGGUCUCCUUCAAUUACUAUGGAGUAGCAGGAAGCCCCGCAGCCAACAAGAUAUGCAAUGACCUGAGGACCACCCGAGCCAGACUGUUGGACAUGUUCACGGAUUCCACCUGCAAUCCAGAGAUGAUGAAGAACGCCACAGACGCUUACUUCUCCUUACUGCAAGGUUUUAUCGCCGCUCUCGAUGGAACCACGCAAGAGAACAAGAUGAGGUUCAUCCAGAACUUUAAGUGGACCGACACCUUACAUGGAAACACUCCGAGUGCCCAGCAGGAUGCAAUCUUUGAACUCGCCUCCAUGGCCUUCAACGUUGCUCUCUGGUACACCAAGUUUGCCUCCAGACUUGCCGGGAAAGAGAACGUAACAGAGGCUGAAGCCAAAGAUGUCCACAAGAGCUUGAAGGUUGCAGCAGGAAUAUUCAAAAAUCUCAAGGAAGUCCACGUCCCGCGCCUCAUCACUCCGGCUGAAAAAGGCAAAGACCUGGAGCCCAGAGUCAUGGACGCAUACAUCAUCCAGAGUCAAGCAGAAGCUCAAGAAGUGACAAUUGCCAGAGCCAUUGAACUGAAGCACAACGCCUCGCUCAUCGCAGCUUUGGCCUUUGAGACAGCAAACUUCUACCAGAAAGCCGAUCACACACUCAACACUCUGGAUCCAGAGUACAGCAGCAAGUGGAGGAAGUACCUUCAGCUGAAGCAGCAGUUCUACAUGGCCUACGCGUACUGCUAUCAUGGACAGACUCUGCUGGCCAGCGACAAGUGUGGAGAGGCCAUUCGAUCGCUGCAGGAGGCCGAAAAGUGCUACUCCCGGGCGGAGGCACUGUGUAAGGAGUACCGUCACACCAGCGGACCCGGCUCCACAGCCAAACCCUCCGAGCAGCUGUUCUUUCUCAAGCUGGGGGCCCUCAUCAAGAACACGCUGGAGAAGUGCCAGAGGGAGAACGGCUUCAUAUACUUCCACAAAGUCCCGGCCGAGGCGCCCCAGCUGGAGCUGAAGGCCAGCUACGGCCUGGCCGAGCCAGUCGGAUUCGAGAUGCCCCCCCUCAGUGAGCAGUGCACCCCUGAAGUCUACGCCACCUUCGAUCUGACCAAGGGAGCCAAAAACGACAAGGGCAAACCUAAGGAAGAGGAGGUGAAGCCGGUGAAGGAGCCCGACCUGAAGCCACAGAAGGACACGGGCUGUGUCCUCUCCUAAACACUCAUCACCGUUUCUAACCUCCACUGCAGUCAGCAAUCCUCCCCCCAUGUGCUCCCCCAGAAUUCCCUUCACUCAUGCUGUCUUAUUAUUUUUGGUAUUAUCAAUCGAUGAUGUAAUGCAUUCCUGCUAAGACAAGUACACCUAUUCUACAAAUGAGCAGUUAUCGUUUGGUAUUUGAUCCGUCUCUUCCAAGUACGGUAAAGUGUUUGAGCCUAUGGGGGGGGGGGGGGGGGGUGGUCUUUGUCUCUUUUAUGUUUUCUUAUUUUUCUUGUUUUAUUUUAUUUUUAUUAGUUAAAAAAUAAUAAAAAAAGUGUCACAAAACCUAAAUUCUGAAAUUAAAUGUUUAGGUUUGAGAUUAAGAUAAAUCUUCUUUAACUUAUACUAAAAAAAAUUCAACAAUUUUUGGGGAAAAUGUCAAAAAUAUUACAAGAAAUUUUCCUUUUUAUAGUUAAGCGGAAUAUAGUGACACAUUAUUGUAAUGAAAAACUGCUGGAAUUCUACUUAAAGAGGUAUAAAUUUUAAGAUUUGAGUCUGGAUACUUCCCAAAAAGAUUUGAGGAGAAACAAAGAUAUUUAUAAGAUUUUUAAGAUUUUUUUUAAAACAAAAAGUCAGAAUUCUGAUAUUUAGUUAAAAUUUUAAGAUUAAAGUCACGACUAUGAGAUAAAAUCCUAACAAUUCUAAAAAGUCACAACAUUUUUGUGCUUGAAUUUACUUAAAUAAAAAAACUGACCGUUUUAGAGCAGCCAUCAAAUAAAAAUAAUAUUUGAGAAUAAAGUUGUAAAAUUAUGAGGAAAAAAUUGUAAAAGCAUAAGAAAAAAGUCAACGUUUUACAAGAAUAGUGGUACAAUUAUUGGAAAAAGGGUUAGAAAUUAUUUUUUUGCUUUUUGAAAAUAAAGUUGUAAAUUUGUCAAAAUAGUCAGAUGUACUAAAAAGUAAAGCAGAUUGUUGAGCAGUCUGAUGUCCAAAAACAAAAAUUAAACCGGUUAAUGAUCGAUUGUCUUUGUUGAAAUGUUUUUAAAGCUAAAUACUAUUAUUAUUUUUUUUCAAAAAAACUUAUGAAGCUUUAUUAUGAGACUUUUUUCUUGUAAAAUGUAGACUUUCCCCCCCUCAAUGUUAUGAUUCUAUUCUCGUUAACUUUAGCCUUUUUUCAUAAUUUUACAACUUUGUCAUAAAAUGUUGCCUUUUUCCUCACAUUUUAUGACUUAAUUAUUGUAAAACUUGCCUUUUUUCCCCACUGUACAACUUAGUAGUAAUAUUUUGACUGUUUUUUUCUCAUAGUUUUAGGACUUUAUUCUCAAAUAUUUGUUCAGUUUUCUUCUUUUAUUGUGCCCCUAUUAGUCCCUCUUGGAAAAAUAUUGAAAAUGAUGAAGCUGGUAGUUUUGUUUUUCUCUGCGGUGGUUCUAAUCUACUCGGUGUCCAAACCUGUCGUUUUUGGAGCUUGUUCUCCUAUUUGCCUGAUAAAUCUAUUUUUUAUGUGCAGAAAGCAGCACUUUAAGGAAGAACCAAACCAAACCAGCCUACUUCUGUUGUUUUUUUGUGUGUGUCAUUUUAAGGUCUGGAGCCCCCACCAAGAAAGUUUCUGCAGCUUCUCAGCUGCUAAGAUUCACAGAAGAAAAGAUAAAGUUGGGACAGAUCUGUUUAAAUCAGAAUGUUAUCUGCUGGACUUUACCAGCCUCUUAAAUAGGAUUUCAAUUAAAACACUAAGCUCUUUACAAAGCUGGAUGUUCUUUCAGAACACAAAGCUAGAAAAAAAAGCACUUUUAUCAUCUGGAACGUGGGAUCGGAAUUGGGUUUGACGGAACCGUUUACAGUUUCUUAUAUCUUCUAAUGGAUUCUUUUGCUGUUUCUUUUCCUUUUUAUCACAUUUUAGAAAACUGUUCUUGUUGGACGCUACUGAUUUGAAGUCUGUUUUAUGAGGAAAAAGUGAUUUAUUUCUACUGAAUACACUUUUGACGUCAUGGAGCUUUGAAUUGCAGUCUGUUGCUAUGGAUGAUGACUGAAUAGUUUUUGAAAUGCAGGAAGUAACUACUCUGUGUUCCUGAAAACCACAUACAUGAAAGUGGACUCCUGCUCUAUGUACCAUCCCUCCCGCUUUUCAAAAUAAAAGUCCUGUCAAUUAGAGCAUUGCUCGUGGCUGCUGGAAACAUAAAGAAACAGUAAUAUGCUGCUUUAAUGUGCUGUUUGCUAACCAAAAGUAGACGUGUACACCUUUAUGGCACACUAUGGAGAUGGUUUGAAUGAUGUGUACUGUAGUUCAUCUUUUAUUUUUUCAAAGUCGGUCCCCAUCAGUUUGUGGGCUAAUGUUUAAGGUUAAGUCCCGUCAUCCCAAAUGUAUUCACUUCCCUUUCUCUAAGUGUGUCUUUCAUUAAAAAUAAAAUUCAUAUGUUAUUAAACGUUUUCAUUUAUGUAUAAAAAGGUGUUAAUAAUGCAUAAUCAUUUAAAAGAAAACAAUUUUCUGCAAUGUAUCUUUAGAAAAUAUAAACACAUUGAUUAUUUCAUGUUAAACAUUAUAUUACCUGUAAUAAAUCAUCAUAAGCCGUGUCA